CAAAGCGUUUAGGGCGAGUGCACGGCGCUCCGGCGCCAGCUGUGCAGGGCAGGGCUGGCGGGGCCGGUGCCCGGCUCCCCGGAGCGCUCCCGCUCCUGCGGCGGGGACACCGAGCGCGUUACGCAAGUGCCCUCGGCAGAUGCCGCCGCAGCCGCACCGCAGGGAAGCAGCACCCCGCCCCGCGGCCCGGCCGUGACAGCCCCUCACCCCCGCACGGCUCCGCACCGCCCGCCCGGGCGCAAGGGCCAGGGGCGCGCAGCUGCGGCUGCGGCAGCGGGGCGGGGCGGGGCGGCGCGGAGCGGGGCGGCGGGGACCGGCCCCGGCGGGGCGCGGAGCGGAGCGGAGCGGGGCGGUCAUCUUCUCAAAACCACUGAAAGCUGAAGAUGGAUAUUAAGCAUGUGAAGGACUAUAUCUAUUGGCUGUACUACCAGUACCUACUGAUCACCUGCAGCUAUGUCCUGGAGCCCUGGGAGCGAUCCAUGUUCCACACCAUCACUGUGACUGUUUUCGCUAUGGUGGUGUACACAGCUUAUGUCUUCGUCCCCAUCCAUGUCCGCCUGGCUUUUGAGUUCUUCUCCCAGAUAUUUGGAGAGCAGCCUGAAAGCACGGUUUCCAUCGUGAACUGAAUUUGCCAGAGUAGGGAACAGCAGCUUUUGCAACUUGUGAGAUGCAGUGUCUUCUUCACUUACAUGUAUUAAUUCUGAGGCAUUUUUGCAGCUGUGAAAAUACCAUUUUCUCUUACAAAAUAAGCCUGCUUAAUUCCUGUAACUGAAAAGCAGAAUAAUGCACUGACUACUAGCUGCACAGUUCCCAUUAAAAGAAACACAGGCCAGCUUUUGCUGUGAGAAAAUGAAAAACAUCACUUGGAAUGCCACAUUUACCUAAUAUUCAACCGGCUCCCACUUUCAGCACCCUAAUUUAAUCACACUGGCACAUAUAAAACAGCAAAGACCGUUUAUGAUGGCUGUGAGGAGCGGUACUAUCCUCAUUAUGCACUAAGAAGUUCUGCCAACAGAAUUCAGUGGCAAAACAUACCACGCCUUCUUUGACCCAGGUUAGAGAAUAUAAAGACAUGAAUAUAAUACAGCAUGAUUUGAGUAUUAAUAUCUGGCUGGCUAUUGACUUCUGUUAUUUAAUGGAUGGCAGAGGAAAUGAGAAGCAAAAGUAAUACGAGUAUGAACUUGAAUCCAACUUUUUGCAUCAAAGUUGCUUCAUCUGAGUUUAGAUAGUCUAAGAUAGUAAAAACAUACUAUAGGUAAUCUUGCAGUUUACUGAAAAUGACAGAAAGACACAGAACUGGCUCUGUUUCAGUGCACUUCUGCCUUCUCUGAUCAAAAACCGAGACAUCUUUUCUUUCUGCUCACAUCCACCAAGGCAAGCAAAGUGCAUGUCUGCACCAGAGGAAGACAAUCCAGAAAACAGCUGAAGUAAUAUUUUCAUAACUGCAGGGAAGUCUGAGUGCUUAAAGAGAUCUCCUUUAUAAAGAAGAAAUUAGAUUUAUUAUAAUUGCCUGUAGGGAGUUUCUUGAACAAUGGAAGUUUUGUUUGGUUUUCACUCUACACCUAAAUCAAAUGUGAAUGCCAAAUCAUAAGCUAUAGCUAUACAGUGCAUGUAUCUAACAGCUGAUGCUACUGUUAUUAGAAGUGAGAGGUGCAAAAUGUAAAUAGCUUUCAAAUUAUGUUUGCACAGUUAUAGGAUUAUAAAAACCCAACUCAUAACUUCUUUACCAAGCUGCAGUGGGGUCCUGCAUGCUUAAAAGAACACUGUUUGGAAACUGAGACAUGUUUUGACGGUUGAACAGAUCUGAACAUGUGUAUGCAGUUUUUUCAGAGAAAAAUAAAAUUUUAUUCAUCAGAAAUAACAUUUCAGUGCAUGACUCUGCUCUUCCUGUGUUUUCUAUUUGUUCAUAAAUACCCAGGAUGUGUGUGGGCCAGGCUGACACCAUGGCAGACAGGCUAUUUUGUUGCAAAUGUUUCAGGGUAACAUUUCAUACCCCCUUAAAUAAACCCCUGUGUGGACUGCCAUGGUCAUCCUCCAGCCCAAGACCUCUCCUCCCUCUGGUGGUGGGGGGGGAAGAAAAGAAAAAUACUAGAAAGUUCAUCGCAGAUCCUGCUCUGCGGACCUGCUCAGGAGGUACUGAAGGCAACUCUUAGGGAUGCACAGGUCUCCUGCUUGUCAGAGGCCAUGUUCAUCAUAUCCCACUUCCUAGCUGUGUUCAGGUUCUGGCUCACACCUGAGGCAUUUGUUCAUAUUGCCAAUACAAGCAGAUCAUGGAUGCGCCCGAAUUCUCUUGCAGACAGCCAC